GGGAUGGGGCAAAACGCAGACACUGGGCACCCCAAACGCCUGGGUCUCCCAAACUCCCUGCAGGGGCUUUGGUCUCCCCAGCCAUGCGGUUCUUCAUCUGCCUCUUCUUCCUCAUCCCGGGUGCUGCCCCAGCCGUCUGCCCGAAGCCGGUGACUGGCCCGGAGGAGGUGGUGGCUGGGCUGGGCUCCUGCGUCCUCAUCCCCUGCCGCUACAACCUGUGCCAGGCGGGACCCGGCACCCGCCUGCCCGCCCUGCGCUGGCUGCAGAAGCCUGUCUACGACUACGGCCUCCGCGACUACCUGGGGCGGCUGCUGGUGAGCACCAGCACUGGUGUCACCAGCUCCAGGGCCAGGAUCGGGCUCGCGGUGUCACCCCAGCCCCACACCCCCACCGCUGCCACCCCCUCUGGGGAGGGGGACUGCAGCCUGGUCCUGUCCCAUGUCCGGGCUGAAGAUGCCGGUGAAUACGGGCUGCGGCUGGAGGCCAACGGCACCCGCCCCAACCGUGACCUGCGCUGGUUCCACAAAGUUGUCCUCAACGUCACCGAUGCUCCCCCUGCUCCCCGCCUCUGGCCAGACCCGCAACCCCUCAUCGAAGGGCGCACAACCACCCUGGGGUGCUGGUUGCCCCCUGCCUGCCCCGAGGACACCAUCACCCUUGCCUGGGAUGGGCCAGCCUCCAGAAUGGCAGGGGCAAAAGUGCAAGCCUGGACCCCUCCAGACCUCACUAUGUUUCCCCCGGCCACCGGCAUCAGCUUGGACUUCAACCCCACCUGGUACCAUGACAAGUCCAACAUCAGCUGCCUCCUGCGGGGGGCUGAUGGGAAGACUGUGACUCAGACAACCCGCCAGCUCCAGGUCCACUAUGCUCCGCGGGAUGUGCGGGUGGAGAUAAUGCCGACGUCCCCAGUCCACGAGGGCUGGCAGGUGACGCUGAGAUGCCACGACUCCGCCAACCCCCCGUCUUUCGCCUAUUCCUGGAGCUUCAGCGGCCUGGUGCUGUCCUCCAGAAUGGACAAGGUCCUCCUGCAGUCAGUCCAGGUCCAUGAUGGCGGUGCCUACCACUGCCAUGCCACCAACAUUGUGGGGACGAUUGAGUCCCCUCCCACCAUCCUCGAGGUCUACUAUGCCCCACGGGAUGUACGGGUGGAGGUAACGUCCCCCGUCCACGAGGGCUGGGAAGUGACGCUGAAAUGCCGCGACUCUGCCAACCCCCCAUCCCGCACCUAUGCCUGGAGCCUGGAGGGCCAGAUCCUGCCUCACAGCUCAGCCCAGCUCCGUCUGUGGCCAGUCCGGGAAGUGGACGGCGGCUCCUACCGCUGUCAGGCCACCAAUGCCAUAGGGACGGCUGAUUCCCCCCCAGCCCUCCUUGAAGUCUACUUCCGGCCCAGGAAUGCCACCCUGACGGUGCUGACCCCCCUGCCGGUGCUGGCGGGAACCCGUGUAUCGCUGCGCUGUGAGCUUGGCCUGGCCCACCCGCCUCCGUCCACCAUCCAAUGGCUGCGCAACGACCACCAUGAAGCCAACACCACUGGCCCCAUCUUCAGCUUCAACGCCGAACCCACCCGAGUCAGCACCUACCGCUGCGUUGGCCAAAACAUCGCUGGCUCCACCCAAUCCCCGCCCCUUGCUGUCAUCGUCUGGUAUCCUCCCCAGGCUGCUUGGGUGCGGCAGAGCCCUGGGGGACAGCUGGUGGCUGGGAGAGGCCCGGUGCGGCUGCGCUGCGAGGCUGGGGUGGCUGAGCCCCCCAUCUACAACAUCAGCUGGUUCAAGGGGGGGCAGCGGCUGCUGGCCUCUGGCCCCAACCUGCUGCUGCCCGGUCCUGAGCCUGCUGAUACUGGCACCUACAUCUGCGAGGUCCGAAAUGUCGCAGGGGCUGCCCGCAGUGCCCCCACCACUCUCAACAUUCUCUUUGGGCCACAGUCUGUGGAGCUUGUGCCGGAGCCAGGAGAGGACGUGUAUGAGAUGACCAGCGUGGCCCUGCACUGCCGCGUGUCCGCCCAGCCCCUGCCCAACGCCUUUGAGUGGUUUCAUGAUGGUCGAACCCUGGGCCGGGCCUCCAAGGACCUGUGGGUGCUGCGUGCUGUGGGCAUCCAAGCAUCUGGGCGCUACCACUGCCGUGCCACCAACUCCAUCGCCUCUGCUGACUCCCCUGAUGUCACCAUCACAGUCUACUACACCCGGGCCACCAUCCUGAGAAAGACCUUUCUGGGCCUCGGUGUGGGGCUGAGUGGCCUUCUGCUGCUGGGUGCCCUUGGGUGCUUCCUCCACCGCCGGUGAGACUGAGCACCUGGGUGUCCAAGCAUCACUGCUGCUCCCUGGCUACCUGUGUGCUCCUGGGGCCCCCAGGUGCCACUGCAUCAAUCCCAGGGGACCCAGCUACCCAAGUGUU